AUGGAUUCAAGGGAGGAUCCUAUGGAGGACAAUCUAACCCCCCGGGAAGAGACAAAGGAGGUCCAGAUCGGAUCCCUACUCUCAAAGAUCGCCUACCUAGGAACCAAUCUUUCACCAAAGGAAGAAUCAGAGAUAGUGGAUAUCUUGAAGAAAAACAUUGAUUUAUUCGCCUGGAAACCAUCUGACAUGCCCGACAUAGAUCCGAACAUUAUGUGUCAUCACUUGGUACUUGAUAUCGGGGUAAGGCCGGUAGCCCAACAUAAAAGGAAGGGUGGCGAGGAGAAAAGAAAAGCCAUAAUUAAAGAGGUAGAUAAGCUGAUGAAAGCAUGA